GGGAGUAUUGUAUAUCGUAUUUCUUUAUAAGCAUUGCCCGUGCGACUAGUGAAUACGUUUAUUGAAAAUGCGGAAAGAAUCAAAGUUCUUCUGUGUAUUUUACGUUUUCCUGACAACAUUACUGGCCGCAGAAUCCCUACAGUGCUCAUCAAAUGUCAACUGCAGAUGUCAUGAAUUUCAAGGAAAAUUAUUUGCAAAUUGUGAAAAUCUUAACUUGAAGUCAGCUCCUUUAUUCAGCGAUGACGUCGUCGGAAUAAAUCUUGCAAACAAUGUCAUCUCAAUUUUCCCGUCAAACCUUCCCAAACAUAUCGUUCACUUAGAUAUAUCUAAAAACAAAUUGCGAAAGAUUGAAAAUACGUCAUUGGCAAAUUUUAGUGCCCUACAUAAUUUAAGUAUUGCUAACAACAAUCUUCAUACGGUUGAAUUGUAUUCACUUCGAAAACUCUCAAAUCUACAGCGUCUUGACAUUUCUGGUAACCAAGAACUAACGUUAGAGGUUUUGUUUAACAUAUCUAGAGAUUUGCAAAACUCUUCGACAAUCCGGUAUCUGAAUUUUGAGAACUUGCAGUGCACAUACGGUGUCAGUUUCAUCAUAAAAAAAUACCACAUUGCUUAUCUGAAACACACACACUUGGAAGAACUGAAUAUAGCGUCCAAUCGGAUUAGCAGGCUCGAAUUUGGCGUCUUGACUGAGUUACCAAGAUCUCUUAAACAUUUAAAUCUCGCCAAUAACAUUCUCAGCUUUGGCUUCUACAUUGUAGAGUUUGGGGAUUUAGAGAAUGUCGUUAGCCUCAAUAUAAGUUUCCAAGCGUUUUUCCAUCAAAUAUACACAAAACAAUUCUUUAUCCAGUGCAAUGAUACGCGACCAGACUUGCAAACAGAAUCCCACAGUGAGCUUCCAAUGCUGUCUACAGCGUCACUUUCAACUUUCCGAGGAACUCAAAAUAUCAGUAUAUUCAUUCCACCGAAACUAGAGAGAUUUUACUCUCAUGAUAAUUUAUACAAAGUGGUCCUCCAAGAUUAUGUUUUCAAAACUGUUAGUAAACCUGUAUUGACACACAUUUUUAUGCAGAAUAGUUUUGUUUAUAGGCUAAAUGGUCCUCUAAAGGGCAUAGAGAGUGUUAUAUAUGCAAACUUCUCCAACAAUUUUUGUAGUUAUAUAUCACCCAGAUUUUUCGAAGAUUUUCCAAAUCUAUCACAACUCGAUCUUUCCCAUAAUGCACUAGGAGAACAUUUAGAAAGUGAUCAUCAAGGAGAAAUAUUUCAAAAGCUUUUUAGAUUAACUUCGCUGAACUUAUCACGAAACAGGAUUGUUCUACUUCCUGACAAUAUCUUUCGCAAUUUGAAUCUUUUAAAGACGCUUAAUCUUCGCUACAAUUCCUUAAGUGAGUUCUCAUUACCUUUGAAACAUAUGACAAAACUUGCUCAAUUGGAUCUCUCCUAUAACCAGUUGUUGGUCUUGGAGGAGGAAACGAGACAUGCUCUGGAUUCUAUAUCCAAACAGAGAAAGAUAAACGUCAAUCUGUUAGGCAACAGAUUCAAAUGUGACUGUGAAAACUUGAAAUUCAUCAAAUGGAUGCACAACUCGAAGGGAAUUAAUUUCGUGAGUUUUGGUAAUUAUACAUGUACAUUUUCAAAUUCCUCUCAGCGGUCUACUCAAAUUUCCUUCACAAAGAUCGAGGAUUUACUUCAAGGUCUGGAAAAGCAGUGCUCCUCUUACACCCUCGUUAUUCUACUGAUGACGUCAUUAAUAAUCGUUGUCAUGACAACAGUCCUUAGUCGCAUUGUGUAUCGAUACAGAUGGAAGCUGCGGUUCAUGUAUUACGUAGCAAGAGAAAAGUACAGAGAUAAUGUUCAAAGAAUUGACGUCAUAGGUGACAGUUCAUACUAUUUUGAUGCGUUCGUGUCGUAUGCUGACAAAGACAGGCGACUAGUUAUUGAUCUGGUGAAGCAACUGGAAGAGGAAUCUAAGCUAAAACUGUGUAUACAUCAUCGGGAUUUCAUUCCUGGAACAGACAUAGCGGAUAACAUUACAAACGCAAUUCAUUGCAGCAGACGAACUAUUUGUGUCAUUACGUCACACUUCAUAGACUCCUACUGGUGCAUGUUUGAACUCAAUAUGGCACGCAUGGAGGCUGUAUACUCUCGCAAUAGUGAAAACGUUUUAUUUCUAGUUGUUUUGGAGAAAGGGGCGGUGAAUAAACUUCCUCGAUCAUUCAUGGAUUUGAUAAAAACAAAGUCUUAUUUGGAUUUUCCAGAGGGUGGAGAUUCAGACGAAGUAUCAGCCUUUCGUUCCAAACUUGGAGACACGCUGAAUUCGCCUAACGGUGAUUUCAAAGAACUUCACAGAAAUAUCUAAAAUCGAUAAAACUAAAGGAUGAAAAUGAAUUUUACUAUGUGUGUGCAUUUUUAAUGUAUGCAUGAAUAAAGUGUAUUUCG